UCUAGUGUAUCAUUCGAUCGACGUUCUUGUCACAGAAAUCAUUACAGUAAAUUGCAAAAAUCAGUAUAAAAGAGAAUACGUACAGUUUCGGUGUUUGUCGUUCUCACGUACCGCGAAUAGUUGUGUACGGUCUUUCAUUAUUCAUUGGUUUGAGUAUCAGUUCGUAUUAGUGUACACCGUUGGAGUUAACAGAUAAAUCUUAGAAAAAUGAAUAAAAUUAUCUUAGCAUUUUUGGUUGCUGUAGUGGUAUGCAGUGCAUUAGCUGAACGUCAAAGUCGAUUCGCUUCUGAAGAUGUCUCUGAUGCCAAUCCACUAUCUGUACCACAAAAUAUCCAAGACUCCGAUUAUGAUGUUGUUUCAGGUAGGGGCAAGAAAAACAAAGGCGGUGAAGGUGGUGGAAAAAAUAAAAUGGAAAUGAUGCACUUUGGUUUAAGCUAUUUCAAAAUGGUCGUUAACCAUAUAAUGGGAAUGAUUGGUCACAUGCUUGCAUUCAAAGCUGUUGCAUUAACUUUCAUUGGCGUGGUCAUUCAAAUCAUUCAGUUUAUCAUGUUCUUAAAAAAUAACAAACACAAUAGUACACAAUAUAAAGUUGUCGAGAGCCCAUGGAAAGCAAACCCAGCUGAAGUUCACAUUCCUUCGUAUGGACCUUCUGGAUCUUAUGGACCUCCUGGGUCAGCCGGUGGUAGUUCACACUCAGCGUAUCGGCGUAGAUAGUUGACAAUUUAGUCUUUAUAAAAAUUUAGUCAGAAAAUUUAAAGAUUGUCUUCAUCUGACUCAAGGAGCCAUUAUAUUAUUUAUAUAUUUAUUUAAAAAUUAAAUUAUUAAAUUAUAACAUUUCCUAUCUAA